UUGAGAGCAAAAUAAUGAAAUUUCUGAAGAAAGAACUGGAAAAGUUUAAGAAAAUAUUACAAAAAGAGAACUUGCAAUACUUUGUGAAGGACUUUAUUGAGAACAGAUGCAGUAUGAAAGAAGCAGCUCUUGAUCUCACGCUCUACUUCCUGAGAGAGAUGAAGCAAGAUGAAGCUGCUGAUACUCUAGAAGAUGAGCUGGUCUUCAUUCAUCAGCUAAAGUGUAGCCUAAAGAAGAAGUAUCAAUGUGUGUUUGAAGGAAUUGCAAAGGAAGGAGACUCUACACUUCUGAAGAACAUCUACACAGAUCUCUAUAUCACUCAGGGUUGUAGUGAACAGGUCAAUACUGAACAUGAGGUGAGACAGAUUGAAGUUGCUUCCAGGCGUCAUGAAUCACAGGAGAUACAGGUUGAGUGCAAACAUUUGUUUGAAGCACCUGAACAAGACAAGCAGAUCAGAACUGUACUGACAAAAGGAGUUGCUGGCAUCGGAAAAUCAGUCUCUGUGCAGAAGUUUGUUCUGGAUUGGGCUGAAGGAAAAGAAAAUCAAGAUAUCAGCUUCAUAUUUCCUCUUCCAUUUAGAGAGAUGAACUUAAAGAAUCAAGAAAAACUAAGUUUGAUGGACCUUAUAACUCAGUUUUUCACAGAGACAAAAGGACUGAACCUUACGAGAAGAAAUCAAUUCAAAGUCUUGUUCAUUCUUGAUGGUUUGGAUGAAUGUCGACUUCCUGUAAACUUUAAGGAUAAUGAGACGUGGUCUGAUGUUUCAUCACCAGCCUCUCUGGAUGUUCUCCUGACGAACCUCAUCAAGGGAAAUCUGCUUCCUUCUGCUCUCAUCUGGAUCACCAGCAGACCAGCAGCUGCCAGUAAGAUUCCUCCUGACUGUAUCGACCGGCUGACAGAGAUACGAGGAUUCAAUGAUGCACAAAAGGAGGAGUACUUCAGAAAAAGAUUCACAGAUGAGAAUCAGGCCAAAGAAAUCAUUGAUCAUGUUAAACAAUCAAAGAGUCUCUUUAUCAUGUGCCACAUCCCAGUCUUCUGCUGGAUUUCAGCCACUGUUCUCCAGAACAUUUUAAAGGAGAAAAGAAAUAAUGUUGUGAAAAACAAUCAGACUGAUGAUGUCUCCAAAACACUGCAGGAGUCAAAUACUGAAGACACUCCUAAGACUCUGACACCAAUUUACACACACUUCCUCAGAUUUCAGAUCCAGCAGAGCAGACGAAAGUAUGAUGGAGAACAUACACCAGAUGUUUCCUGGGAUAAAGAUGACAUCUUUUCACUGGGGAAACUGGCGUUUGAUCAGCUGGAAAGAAACAAUGUGAUCUUCUAUGACACAGAUCUGGAAGUCUGUGGUAUUGACGUCUAUAAGGCAUCAGUGUACUCAGGCAUGUGUACCCAGAUCUUUAAGGAGGAAACAGGGAUCACUCUUGGUACCAUGUACUGCUUCGUUCACUUGAGCAUUCAAGAGUUUAUUGCAGCCCUUUAUGCACAUCUGUUUCUAGACAUCAACAGGAAAUGUGUGUUUGAUCAAGACUCUACAGAACAGGAAAACAAAAGUAAAACCAUGAUUGAUUUGCUCAAGACUGCAGUGGACAAGUCACUAGAGAGUGAUAAUGGACACCUGGAUCUUUUUCUUCGCUUUCUCCUUGGUUUGUCACUUCAGUCCAAUCAGAGACUCUUACAGGGUCUGUUGAAACAUAAAUAUAGAAAUGAGCAGAUCAAAGAGGAAAUAGUUCAGUACAUCAAGCAGAAAUUAGAGUCUAAUCUGUCUCCAGAGAGAUCCAUCAAUCUGUUCUACUGUCUGAAUGAACUGAAUGACCAAACUCUGGUGAAAGACAUUCAGACCCACCUUAGCAAAGGAAGUCUCUCAUCUGCUGAUCUUUCACCUGCCCAGUGGUCUGCUUUGGUCUUUGUGUUGUUGACAUCAGAGGAGGAGCUGGAGGAGUUUGAGCUUCAGAAAUUCAGGAAAUCAGACGAGUGUCUCAUUAGAUUAUCAGCAGUCAUCAAAACCUGCAAAAGAGCUCUUUCUUUGUCAGCCAUCAAAAGUCAUUCUUCAGUCAAGGCCGCCGGCCGUGGCUCUCUCUGGCCUGCCGGUUGCUUCAAAGACAAGCCGACCAGCCACCCAGAAGCCAAGUCUGCCUGUCGUUCCCGAGUAAAGCUGGCCGUCUGUUCAUGUGGCAGUCCUGCCGGUUCCUGCAGUACCAAGCCCACCAGUCGUUCAGCACUCUAGUUCACCAACCUUCCCCCCCGAUCCAGAAGAGGAAACUAGGGAGAAGGAGAAGGGUGUCAUCUCCAGCCCCAAAGCUCUCUCCUGUGCGAUCCCCAGCCUUUGUUAAUAAAACCAUUUUGAUUUAUUCACUUCUCAUCUCCUCCCUCCUUCGAUCCCGUGCUCCUCAUGUGUGAAAUGUGACAGCUAGUUUGUUUUAUCUACAACAUUUGAAUGAAUACAAUUCUAUUAAAUAUGCAGUAUAUAUGUUUUUUUCUGUUCAUGUAAAAAUUGUUGGUAUAAAUUUAAUUUUUGUCUUUAACAAAUGUAUUAUAUGCAU